UAUGAUAUCAUAUUAUUCGAUUUGGAAACAAAAUAAAAUGUAUAUAAACUAACCCUCUUUACAGCAAAAAAAAAAAAAAAAAAGACACAAAAAGAUGAAUGCAACAAAUACAGUAGCUGUACCUGACACUAUUAACCCCUCAGAAAGUUCAUAUGCAGCCACGAAUGUUGACCCUAUUACUGCUGCUGAACAUGGUAAACGUACUCAGUCUCCCCCUGGACAUACUACCGGUGGAAAUCAUGUGAUGCAAGAUAUCAAAAGUACACUUCAUGACAUUAAAGAAAAUGUAAAAGAAACAUUUCAUAGAGAUCAUCGUCAUGGUCAAGAUUGCGAAAAGAGACCUCAAGAUGAAAUUAGACAUUUGAUCAGCGCCAAAGCAUUUGUGAACACCUUUCUCAGCGAGCUCAGAAAACUUGGCUAUGCUUCUCGUAUGGCUACCAAGAAGCCAUUCUUGAACGAAAGGCAGCAAAAGGCAAGGUAUAUGUUUGCCAAAAACCAUGCUCACUGGACAGCAAAUGAUUGGAGAAAUGUGAUCUGA